AUGUCGUUUCCGCGACCAGGAUACCCACAGCAAGCCUCCUGGCUGGCGCAGCCAGGACAUGGCAAUGGGGUGGCAGGAUGUGCAAGAGGUGAACACCAGGUCUACGACCACAAGUACAUCUUGGCAGAGGCGGAAAGGAAGAAACAGGAAGUCGACGGGGGACUGGCCAAGCAGCUAGCCCACAUCGACCUCAAGUACCAAGAAGAACGAGGCAACAUCCUGAAGCAGGCUGAGAGCCAUGCUCAGCUGGCAGAGAAGGAGGUGGCAGCGCAGACAAAGGAACGCCACGCUCAGCUGCAGCGCCAAGAGGACAUUCAGGCUCACGCGAUCGGUCACGAGGCAGACGCAGAGAAGGCCCGACUUGGACACGCGGCUGCCACGGCCAUCGCUGCCCACAUGGAGCAGCAAAAGGCUAGAGUGCACCAGGAAGCGCUUCGUGAAGCAGAAGACAUGUGGAGGGAAUCUCAGCGAGCUCUGCUGGAGAAGGCUCACAAGGCAAAGAUCGAGAUCGAGCUCACAGCAAAGAGGCGCACAGCGGACAUCGAGGAGCAGGUUCGGGAAGCUUUGUCUCGCAUCUAUCUCUCCCCGCACACAUCAACACUAGGACACAGGGUGCUGGGCCAAAGUCAGCGUCAGCCAGACCUGUGA